AUGGCGUGGCUAUUGCAGGUGCUAACGAUCUGCGCACUAUUCAUAGGAAUCCGUUCAGCAGGAAAAUGUGAUUUGUCCGCACCACCGACAUCAUGGUUGGUCACAACAGGGAUCGGUAUCACGAAAUGGGCAACUGCUGGUGUGGCAACCGAUGGAGACAAUUUUUGCAUAACUGGAAAUCCAGCCACUAUUGUUGAGGUCGACUACCAUAUCAAUUUGGGAGGCGAUGGUUCUAGAAAAUCAUCUUCGUUCUCGCGUUCCAAUAAGAACUUGUGGGAUAAUCCUGACAACUACUGCGUUAUGGACGACCCACAAAUCCAUGUGAUCAAAGCUGCGUUGGCAUCAGGUGAUCCGGCGACUGUGGCGAGAACAAUAGAGAGAACGACCAAUCUUCAGGAUUGGGCGAUCACAGUGCUGCAGGUGGACUUCACCAAUCCGGAAACUCACCUGAAUGCCAGCAGCUUUGCCGAUCCGAAUGUCUGGUGCAGUGUCUACAUAGGAAUCGAUCCCAGCCAAGGAUUUUCCUAUCUCUUUGAAAUUCAACUUGGAAAAGUAAUCAUUUGA